CACAAUAAGAUAUAAUGAUUGAUUUAUUUUUUUUUAUUUCUUAGCAGACGCCCUUAUCCAGGGCAACUUACAAUUGUUAAAAGAUAUCACAUUAUUUUUACAUACAAUUACAUUAUUUCUUACACAUUAUUUUUACAUAGAAUUACCCAUUUAUACAGUUGGGUUUUACUGGAGCAAUCUAGGUAAAGUACCUUGCUCAAGGGUACAGCUGCAGUGUCCUCCACCUGGGAUUGAACCCAUGACCCUCUGGUCAAGAGUCCAGAGCCCUAACCACUACUCCAAACUGCUGCCAUAAGCCUAUUUAAUGCUUGAAACGAAUAACAUUUAGGGUGAAAUUCACAAGGUCGUUUGAAGUGUUUUCAGCACCAUUAUUUCUGAAAGAACAAACACAGUGUAUAUGAAACAUCUAUUAACAUGUUAUUGAGGUGUUGAUGAUUAUUAUCGAGGCAUUAUAGUUUAUUACCAUUUCUAGUGAUACUGCUCAUGGAAAGCUGUGUGGUUUCAUGUUAUGCCUCAGGAUACAUGUUUUACAAAGCUGUAUUUGUAGUGUUUGAUAUUAUUGGUAGUAUUACCACAUACAGUAUAAUGUAAAUGCAGUUGAUAUUCUACAGUUGUAAUUAGUGGUUAAACACACACUUCAAUAAGUGUCCAUAUGUUCCUAUUUGCUUAACAGAUUGUUCUCUUUCGUGGUAUUUUUUAAAUAUUUUUUUUUUAUUUCAUUUUUAUAGAGCCAGUUCACACAGCAAUAAUUCAAAUUGGGAAAGCAUCUGUAGUGGAAGGGGAGAAGGUUGAAUUCAAAUGUGUAAUGGCAGUUUUUCCAUCAGGUCCGCUCAGAAAGACACACACUCAUAUUACAAGGCACUGUGUGAGAAUGUGCCACUCGAUGGGGGAUAUCAGCUCUCUAUAGCCGACCUCCUGGAACUCAUUCCCGGCCGCAGGCCUCCCGGUGCAGACUUCCAUCCCUAUUCAUUUCUAGGGCUGUGCUGAUACUCGUACUCAGAAUUGUUUUUAAGAAGUAUUUAUCAGCAGGUAUUCAAUAAACCCAUUCAUUAACGUGUUGACUUCAAAACAAGAAAACCUGCCCUUCACUCACGUUUACAAUUGGGUAAUAAUAAUAAUAUCUUUAUAUAGCGUAUUUCAUAGUGGACCACCAUCACAAAGCGCUUUACAGAGGUAGGCUGUGAAAUGUGCAUUGUAUGCAGAGUCACUUAGACUUAAAAAUAGUCAAAUAUAAAAAAGGUUUAAAUUACAUCAGUUCCUUGAUUUAAGAGCAAUCACCCUCACAUUGUGUAAAUCCAGGUCUACAUGUUAUACAUUGAUUGCCACAUGUGUGGUCUUACAGUGUGUGCAAUGGAAUAGUUUCACGCCUUUUAUUAAGACAGGAACAAUAUUUUUAGUUGCCGUGUUUAGAUGAUGGCAAUGAGAGAGUGUGAAGGACUCAAACUAUUUGUUUAUCUCUCUUGAUCGUCUGUUGCCACAUUGGUAUUCGUCUGAUUAUGCCAGAAAUAUACAUGCAUAACGAAAACACACAUUUCUAUUCCGCAUGAGUUUCCAUUGCUGUAUUAUAGUCUCAUAGUGUGCACUGUUACAUUUAGGGAACUACAUUUGAGGAACUGUACAUGUGAGGAACUGUACAGUGUUAGCUUCAGAGAUUAAGUUAACAGCAUUCUAAUAUGCCUUGGAAUAUAAACGUUGUCAUGCUAUUUUUUGCACUUGGAGACGUGCUGCUGGUUUCGACAGAGCCACUUCACACAGCAAUGAUUCAAAUUGGGAAAACAUCUGUAGUGGAAGGGGAGAAGUUUGAAUUCAAAUGUUUAAAAUCAGCUGUGCAUGAAGAACAACCAGAGAACAAGGAGAAUUGGUUCCAUUUAUAUAAAAACAAAGAGAAGAUCAGCUCACUGCCAAAGCCCGGAGGAAUGGGAGCUGUCACAUUUAUAAAACAAGACAUCAGAAAGAAUGACACUGGAAUCUAUACCUGCAUGUAUGGAAAUGAGAAUCCUGGAGACCUGACAAACAUCAGCCAUGGUUCUUCAGUUUAUCUCAACGUACAAGAGUCUCGCUAUCAGCUCACACUUCAGCUGGACAAACACAACCAAAUGGAAGGAAUGAAUGUAUCAUUUAAAUGUAUGAUACCAGCUGAACUCAGAGAUGCAAUAGGAAAAGAGGGUUUUUUCCAUCUGUAUAAAAAUGGAAGCCUUGUCGAUUCACAACCCGAUCCCAAACACUUACCAGGUGUCACAUUUUCCAUUAAAAAUGUUACAAGGAAUGAUACUGGAAACUACACCUGUAUCUAUGGAAAAGAGAAGCUUGUAAACUCGACAAACAGCAAACGCAGUCGCCCAGUCGACCUUCAUGUGACAGUAGAUAUGACAACUCCAAACACAUCUAUCAAGACCCAACAGACAAAUGAGACAGGAGAUAUGACAACUCCAACCACAUCUAACAAGACCCAACAGACAAAUGAUAUAGGAUCUGUUCCAGUUCUGUACCUGGGUGCAGGGGUAGGAUGUGGGGUCCUUGUGCUGCUGUUACUGCUGAUAGGAGGAGUGCUGAAGUGUCUGCAAUCCAAACGAGACCCUACUGUCCAGAUUGAACCUGUAUACACCACGGUGUGUAAGCCUAAGCAGCCUUCAAAGCAACAGGACGACACAUUCACCUACUCAGAAAUAAACACUGCCCGUGUCACCAAGAAGAAACCCAGCUCUGCACCUGAUGAAGAUACUGUAACAUAUGCAGCAGUUAAAACUUCCACAUACUGAAAACCACUGGUGAAAAUUAUUGUUGUUUUGAAAAAUACCUGAAUAGUCAAUGCAUUAAAAUUAUCUUUCCCUUUUA